CGAGUAAGUGCUGUAAUGUUAUGACAGGUCAUUGUUUUUUUUCACUUGCAUUCACAACAUUUGGCAAGAGAUUCGUGUUUGCAAACAUUAGUUUUGGAAGAUUUAUUGUGCGUUUUGUCGCAAGACAGGAAGCAAACUAAUUGUUUGCCAGUCGCCGGCAAUCAGUAAGAAAAUUCAUCGUUUUUGUUGCAAGCCAUGGGCACCCGAAAGAAGGCAUCCGAACUUGUUUUUAAUUUGCAAUGGAGAAAUAAGCCCGACAAUGGAGGCGACAAGUCCAACGUUAUUGGAAUGUACGACACCCCGACAACAACUUCGAAUUUCGAAAUGUUUAAGUCGUACUUGUUGAAAAAUUCCGGGGUCGCUGGCAACGACGUGAAAGUUACUUACAUCACCGAUAAUGGCCAGGAAUGUGUGAUUGACUCCCAGGAAUGGUUCGAACUUGCUCUGAGUGCUUUCCGUCUGAAGGCCAGGCUGGGGGAGGUAAUUUUUCUCAAGCUCGACAAGAUAUUCAGCUCGAGUCAUCUGUCGAGGAAACAUUCCAAUGAUGUGGAAACACAAUUCGACGUGGAUUCAAUGGACAACAGCGUGAUUGCGCCCCCAGAAUGGUUUGUCACCUACAUGAAACAGUUUAAAAGUGACAUCGUGGAAGAAGUAACUUUUGCGGUCACUUCUAACAUAAUUGCUAACAAGGACAAGGAUGUAGCUGCUUCAACACCUGUGUCUUCGAAGAGAAAUAAGCCCGAACCUACUAAAAGAUCCAGAAAACACGGAGACAAUCCCAUUGAUAAAGAGCUAUUUAAGACAUUAAAGUGUGACAUGAAAUUGGAAAGCAAAUUGGACAAAUUAGACGCUAAAACGAAGAAAAUCAAGGAAAAGAAGCAAGCAUUGAUCAAUAAAAUUAGCUCUGCUGAAGACCGCCAUGGUGGCAAUAAACGCUCUCACUUUUUGCUUGACACUUCGCCUUUCAUGAAUGCUUCUGUUCUAAACGGCACAACUCCUGGGAAAUAUGAACACAUGUUGGGUGGUGAGGUUUAUCUGCAUACCUGGCAAGUUGUCAAUAGUGGCAUGUUGCCUUGGACAAGAACCACCGAACUGCGCCUGACUUGGGGAUCUGCCGACAUGGUGCCCUCCACUAAAGUCAUUCGCUGCCCUCUUUUACAGCCUGGGGAAAACGGAUCAAUUUCUGUUCGCUUUGAAGUACCGAAAAAACCUGGCACGUACGAAAGCUACUGGAACUUCUACGAUAGGGACAUUCGUUUUGGCAAGUCUUUGAGUUGCUGUGUGACCGUUGAUGGGCCUUUGACUCCAAUUUUUAACGUAGAGUCGCCGAAGAAACCGCUCGGAAAAGUCGUAUUUUGCGGUAGUGGAGCGGCUGAAGUCUCAAAACCGUUACCAGUUUCUGAAAAUCCGCAAAUGGUCGAAUCAGUUGAACAGCAAAUGUUCGUCCCUCGUGAAAGUGCAGGUGAAACAAAGCCGCUUAGUGUAAAAAUCCCCGACCACGUCAAGGAAGUCGUGAUUUAUCCUCCCAAAGGUGCCGAAAAUAAGAUAAAUGCCAGCAUACAAAUACCAGAAGGUGUGCAACGACUGGUCUACUACCCCAAUGGAAUUGAAACCGAGGGCAUUACUCCACUUUUAAAUUUUGCAAGUCCCACAAAUUCGUUCAAAACUGAGACUCAGAAACCGGCCGAACAAGAGGAAGACUUAUCGAAAUUGAUCUAUUUUUCGAAUGAAUUUUCCCAGUUUUCUGAUUUUCAAGACAAGAAGGAGAAUUUUGACGAAACACCGACCAAUAUGCCACCCGAAAAUACACUUGCAAACUGCGUUAUGGAUCUAAGUCGACGCAUGCAAAAUAUUAAAAUAGUUGGAGCUCAUCAAGACUCGGAUUCGGAUUGGGAGAGUGUGUGGUCUUAUGGUAGAAUGAAAAAGGAAGAGAAUCUAACUGGGGACUGUGAAGUUAAGGCAACCAAUAAGUAUGGUAUUGCGGAGAAAGACCUGAUUGUAGAUUUAUCCAAAAAGUCGAAAGAGUCUGAUAAAGACGAGGAAAAUGUUAACACAAACGAUGAUAAAAAUAAUAACAAUGGAGCAGUGGAUAACAAUAAUUCAACAGGCGAGUCGAUUUCGGAAAUUGCAAGCGAGGCGUCUUCAGAUUUGAGCAGUGGCUAUGAUGUGGUCAAUGAACCGGUUUGUGAGGAAAAGGACGAAGGUUCAGGAUACGUUUACAUCACAUUCGAUGGCAAUAAACUGCCAGUCCCGAAACACAUCUUGCGUCCUGAUUUUCUCGUGAACGCUGAAGAGGCCCCUGGCCCUUUAAAUUCCGAAGAUGAGGAAAAAAUCGAUACCACCCCUCGUCCAAAUGUCUCUCAGGAAUCAAACCCCAUAAAAGUGGAACCAGCAAAUAAGGACGAGAUCCCUGAACAGUGUGCCGAAGAAAAAAUUUUCUUGUCGCAUUGCUCCGCCACCGGUAGUUGUUUCUCGGACGUGACCUCCGGCAAAAGAUUGUUCAUUUUCCCUCAAAGCAAUCCCGGGUAUGAAGUGGUUUAUCCAACACUUCCCAAAACAGAGCCCGAGAAAAACGAAACACCGGUCACUUCAGAUAUUAAAGACGAAGCGAGAUAUACUUGGUCAUAUCAAGCUCCGUGUUCUCAUUAUGUGAAAACUGAUCACUAUGGGCGACCGUUGGACCAGUCACAGCCCCUUCGGAGUUCAACUGCAGGACACCCGACUUCUUCUCAUCCGCACCCAAUUCUGAUGCAUCGGCCUGCGCCUAAGCCCUCUGAUAAAAAGGAAACUCCAACUGCACCCCCAGCUCAACCACCGGAAGCGGAGUAUCCGCCGCAGGUUCACAUUUUGCCGGAGAAUUUGGUCAGCGGUGCCGUUAAUGUUGCCUCAUCUGCUAUCAACACGGCACGUUCUGUCAUUAAUAUGAUCGUGCCGAAGACGGAACCCGGAAAGUGGGUGAAUGGUCAUUGGGUAACGGAGAAUCCUGAUUCGAUCCGUGCCAAGAAUCUGCUCAUUUUAGCCGAAAUGGGCUUCUGGGAUUCGGAUUUAAAUGCUACGCUUUUGGCGCGUUAUAAUGACGAUCUAGGUAGGGUGAUAGGUGAACUCGUUCAAUAAAUGCAGUUUCACAGUCGGUUUAACUGUUUAUAUUUACGUCCGUCUAAUAAUUGUUUUAUUCAUAAACGCAUUUACUAGUUCCAGUUUUGUAGUUUAGUUUUAAGGCAGUGUUGGUGUUAUUGGAUGGAUUGGAUUCGUAGUUUUAGGAACAUAAAUAUUAAAAGUUUUGAAGUUGUGUAUCUUUAAUUAUUGAAUAUGAGAUUUAUUUAGCCUAGGUUGUAAUUUGUGUGACUAUUUUCAUGUUAUGUGUUUUUUUUUUUUUUCAAUAAACAUUAAUACUUUA